UAGAACGUCACAUGUUGUUUUUCUGUUCAGUUCAGUCACUCAGUGAUAUGUGUUAUUUACUGUUAAACUGUUACAGAUACCGAAUGGAGAGCUCGGCGCCGGCACUGAAAUAGCGCGCGGAGAUACAGACGAGGUUUUUUAUUUGCGCUUUUAGCACGGAACAUACAACAAGUUAAAGAAAGUGAGAGUUAAGGAUAUCAGAAUGGCGAGUCCGCCGACGACAGCAGGACACUUAUUUUCUAAUGUGAAUAUUAAUAAUAACAAUAUUAAGAAAUGCGGGUACCUGAAGAAGCAGAAGCACGGACACAAGCGGUUUUUCGUGCUGAAGGAGCAGAGCGAGGGCUUCCCUGCCAGACUGGAGUACUACGAGAACGAAAAGAAAUGGAAAAACAAGUCGGCUGCUAAGAGGGUUAUACCUCUGGACUCCUGCCUGAACAUCAACAAGCGAGCGGACGCUAAACACAAACACCUGAUCGCUCUUUACACCAAGGACGAAUACUUUGCAGUGGCGGCUGACAACGAGCAGGAACAAGACAACUGGUACAGAGUCUUAACAGAUUUAAUGAAUGAGGGGAAAGUGUAUGACGCUUCGGCGUCUAAUUCUGCAUCUUCUUUGGUGGGAUUCGAGGAGGCGAACUACGGUAUGAUUACGCCGGUGAAUGCCGCUUAUAAGGAGGUAUGGCAAGUAAAUUUAAAAUCCAAAGGACUGGGUCAGAGUAAGAAUUUAACGGGGGUGUACAGGCUGUGCCUAUCCAGCCGGACAAUUAGCUUUGUAAAACUGAACUCGGAGGUUGCGUCUGUCAGCUUGCAGCUCAUGAAUAUACGGAGAUGCGGCCACUCUGACAGUUUUUUCUUCAUCGAGGUGGGCAGGUCUGCCUCCACAGGACCCGGCGAACUGUGGAUGCAGGCUGACGACUCCGUGGUGGCGCAGAACAUUCACGAAACCAUUUUGGAGGCUAUGAAAGCGAUGAAGGAGCUUUCGGAGUUCAGACCGCGUAGCAAAAGCCAGUCUUCCGGCACAAACCCUAUUUCAGUGCCCACCAGGCGGCACUUGAACAACCUGCCUCCGAGUCAGACCGGGCUUCUCAGGCGGUCGAGGACUGACAGCAUGGCAGCGACGUCGCCUGUCAGCAAGUUCACUUCCUGUCGGAUACGGACCGCCAGUGAAGGGGACGGCACCAUGAUCAGACCCAUGUCAGUGAACAGCAGUCCCAUCAGUCCUAGCACUAACCGGACACACCUGAGCCGGUCCAACACAGUCAACGCCCGGCCCUGCCGGAUGUUUGAAUCCUCCUCACUCCAGCACAGCAAAUCUAUGUGCAUGCCUGUGUCCCACUCCCCGCCUUCUGCUGCCAGUCCCGUCAGCCUGUCCUCCAGCAGUGGCAACGGCUCUGCCUCCGAGACCAUCCAGCGGCCGUCCAGCGGCAGCGCCUCUGUUUCAGGGUCCCCCAGCGAUGCUGGAUUCAUGUCAUGUGACGAUUACGGCUCCAGCCCAGGGGACGUCAGGCACCAGUCGGCUAACCGGAGCAACACGCCCGAAUCUAUAGCUGACACACCCCCCUCCCGCGAGGGCAGUGAUGUGUACGGCUACAUGGCGAUGGAGCGGCCGUCCAGUAGCAUUUUCGGGCACAUCUACAGGCGGACGCCCACAGAAGAGUUACUGGACUUGGACAAAGCCUACAGGAAGAGGACGUACUCCCUCACCACCCCGUCCCAGCAGAGGGCGCCAGCACAGGUGUCGUCCACAUCGCUGGAUGAGUACACGUUGAUGAGGGCUACGCACGGCAACGGCCACUCGGGACGCAGUUUGCACACCACCUCACCAAAAGUCACCUACCCAGAAGACUACGGUGACAUUGAAAUUGGAUCUCUCAAGAGCUUGACGAGCAACCUCGGUCACAAUGGCUACAUGCCAAUGACGCCCGGGGUGGCGUCACAAGGCGGGAAAAACGAGAGCUACAUGCCCAUGAGCCCCAUGUGCGUGUCUGCCCCCAAACAGAUCAUAAACCCCAGGUCUCAUCCCCAGACUGUUGUGAACGGGUUGCGGACUGACUCUCCCAGCGGCUGUGGCUCUCUGGACGACAGCGGUUACAUGAGGAUGUGGUGCGGCUCCAAGCUGUCGAUGGAGAGCUCUGACGGGAAGCUGACCAAUGGGGAGUACAUGAACAUGUCGCCCGUCGACCCCUGCGUUUCGCUGACGCCCACGGACUACCUCCUCAGCUCUCUUGCGGGCGAGCACCCGAGAACCGCCAACAUUAUCACCCUGCUGCCCCGCGGCUGCAAAGCACAAAAUGGAGACACCGACCAGUAUGUGAUGAUGAACCCGCAGGGUCAGAAGGCGGUGGAGGAGUCAAACUACUGCGCGAUUUCUGCCGGAUCUACGGUGACCGCCAUGCACGUGGCACCUGCGUCCGCCAGACAGAGCGGCAGGAGCGAGAUGUUGAUGCAGCGGGGGAGAGCCAGCAGACCCUCCAGGUUGAUCUUGGACACGUUGAUGACUUUGCCAAGUAUGAACGAGCACCCUUUACCCACUGAGCCAAAAAGCCCCGGGGAGUACAUUAAGAUAGAUUUCAGAGAAGUCCCCCGCUGCUCUCCGCCUUCCUUGUCCGCCGAGAGCCCGCUGUCCUCUCUAGGCUCCAUCGGUCAGAGGAGGUCCCCCCUCUCCGAUUACAUGAACAUUGAUCUGAGCAAUGCACAGUCACCAAAACCGGGGGACGCCCCCGCAGGUCCCUCUGAGUCGAAACUGUCUUCACGCCCCUGCCAACCGGAGGAGGAGUACCUCAAGGCGAAGAUCGGUUCAGUCUGCCUCCCCGGCUCUGCGAAAGACGACUACACGGAGAUGGCGUUUGGCAACGCCGGAACCCCCCUCCAGCCGAUUUCGCAGACCGCCGAUGGCGCCCAAACCACCAGCCCCACCAGCGGGGUGAAGGGUCUGACCCUCAGUGACCAGGGGGCUCCGGUGUUGGAGGCGUUCCUAGUGUCCUGCUCCACCGUGGAUCCGGACCGGGGGGCCAAAGUGAUCCGGGCCGACCCCCAGGGACGCAGACGCCACAGCUCCGAAACCUUCUCCUCCACCACCACCGUCACGCCCGUCUAUCCCUCCUUCGCCCACGAUCCCAAGAGGCACAGCUCAGCCUCGGUGGAGAACGUGUCGGUCCGAAACAGCGAGGGAUCGGACGAGGAGUACGGGAGCCCCAUGUGUCGCAAGACCUCGGCAGGAUUUCAAAACGGACUCAACUACAUUGCCUUAAACCUGAUGGACGGAAAUCUGGGGACCUGCGAGAAUAUAGCCAGGCUGAAAGCUGCCAGCUACUGCAAAGGGGGCAUCAACGGUAUUCAUACCACCCCUUACGUCAGCCUGGGAUUCAGUGAGACAGCCACCACAGUUAAAGAUUAACCAGGGUGCCGCUCCCUCUCUCUCUCUCCUGCGAGCGAACGGGCAGACGCUGAGAAAGGCGUGGCCAGGCGAGUGGAUGGAUCAUGUGCUGCUGUAAACGACCUCCUGAACCCCGACCCCCAAAACCCCUCCCUCCAAGCCUCGGAGGGUUGCCAUGACUGUACCCCCCCGCCCCCCCCCCCGAUCCUGGACUCCUCUUAUCAGGAACCAUCACGUUGCUGCUCUUUAGAUUAGUAGAGUCACAGAAACUUUUACGGUAGACAAAUGUAUGUAUAUAUGAUUUGUUUUCUUCUUCACGGAGGUUACCUUAGAUUCUCACUGGUUUUUGUUUGAUCUCCGGAUCGUGAGAUGCCAGUGAACCUCGCUCCAAGAACCUGUGAACCAAACCUGGAGAUCCACAACACAUCAAACGCACUUCAAACGGACGCAGACACACGGAUACGCAUCACACACUUAUUUAUUUAUAUACGGCAUAUACCAGUGUGUGUAUGUGUGUGUUUAUGCAACACGUUCAGCACAGAGGUGAAAUUGUCAUUGAUCCAACAAUAUAUUCUAGAAAUUUCUGAAAGCCCUACCUCAGAAAAAAAGCCAGAUUUUUUUUUUUGCUUGCAUGCUAAAAGAGUAUAAAAUAAUUAAUUUAUUUUCAAAUACUGAAUGUUUCAUACUACCAGUCAAAAGCCUUACUGACUUUGUCAUAGAGUAUUUCUACUGAAGAAUUUAGGAGUUUGGACCUACUAUACACACAGAAAAUCAAGGACAUAGCAUUAUCCAUGAAACCUGAAUGUUUUCAAAAGAGGCAUGAACAGAUGCUGCUGGCAUUAUGUAUUGAAUGCUCGAGCUCAACUUCUGAAAUCAAAGACUCAAAGAAUUCUUGUAUUAUUAUUUUUUUCUUAAAUAUUUAAUUUAUUUUAAUAUAUUAUUAAUUAAAUGUUCGCAAGAUAAUUUUUUUUUUUUAUCAUAUUACAAAGUACUUAUACGGAGUAAAUAGUGAAGAAAUGGCAAGUGAAUGGGAAAGCCAAACUGAGAACGGGAGGCAGGAUUGGACAGGCAACGCCAAGCUGUGAGCACUCAGGUGUUGAGAACAGUGUGAUGUCACUGUAAUGUAAGAGCACCGCCGGUCACACCCCUCCCCCACCCCCCGCACCUUUAUACACUUUAAACUUUGACCCCUUCGUGCCCCAUCCCCAUCUCUCCCGCAGUCGCUGCUGGUGUCACAGGAAGUCUCCCUUCCCAUUGGCCGUCGCCUCGCCGACAAGCUUCUGGGCUGUAUAUGAUUGGCUCAAGGGGCGCACGGUUGGGUAGGGAGAGCUUCGCGACAGACUUUUGAAACCCACACUGCUGCUUCAUCACCGGGCUUUUCUGGCCAGGAGGUCGGGUGGCGGUGGGGGACAAAACUCCUAACCAACGCAAAGUCUUGCACUUACAACCACCUCGAUUGUAACACAAGACACAUUUGAAUGUAGAGGAUUCUGUGAUCUCUGCAGAUGUACGACAAGAAUAAAAUAAAUGGUGAUAAAAAAUGAAAAUGAAAAAAUGAAACAAGUAUGGCUGACUCACAGGCCUGUCCUUCUCCACAACAUUGCCUAAUGCUGUAAAUAGUGUACAAACUCAGAGAAUACCUAUAACUAUAACAAUUUUGAUUUUGAAAUGAAUAAUGUUGUUUGUUGUACAUAUGUGUUCGAAUGGAGCCCCCAAACAGAUAGCACUAAUAAUGGUCUGUGCCGAAUCUGAACGUUUGAAAUUUUAGCAUAGGCUUUUACCGUCUAUACUCUUUCUGAUGGAAUGCCACUAAGAAAAUAUUUUAUAACAAUGCUAUAAUAUUUAAAAAAAGAUGAAAAAAAGUCAUACCUGACAUUAGAUUUAAUCUUGCUACAUAGGUACAAUUCACAAAUGGCAUAUGCAAUAUUUACAUUAAAAAACGACUUAGUUUACAGAAUGAAACCAAAUGUAUAAAUAUUGUGUUAAUAUGUUUGUUAAAAACCUUAAAACGAAAUUAAAUUUUGCUGUUUGUACAUUUUUUUCUUCUGUUUUUGCUAUUGGAACCUAACAGUAAUUUCAUGUGUUUUCAUCUUGAGUAUGUAUCUGGUUUCUUGAUAUCAAAAGGUUAAAUAUUAAGAGGUCUGAUUGAUCUUGCUGUGUCUUCCAUUGUACAUACUUCAUAUACUGUUAAUUGUGAUGCUACAAAAACAAUAAUUUAAAUGAGUGUAGUUAAAUAUUGCUUUAGUCUGUAUUGAUUAUGGAUAGCCACAUGCAAUAAAAAAUGUUAUUUAAAACAACAAA